AUGACACCAGCCCCCCACCAGCCCCCCACCAGCCUCCUACCAGCCCCCCACCAGCCCCCCACUAGCCCCCCACCAGACCCCCACCAGACCCCCACCAGCCUUACCAGCCCCCCACCAGCCCCCCACCAGCCUUACCAGCCCCCCACCAGGCCCCCACCAUGCCCCCACCAGCCCCCACCAGCCCCCCACCAGCCUCCCACCAGCCCCCCACCAGCCUCCCCACCAGCCCCCCACCAGCCUCCCACCAGCCCCCCACCAGCCUCCCACCAGCCUCCCACCAGGCCCCCACCAGCCCCCCCACCAGCCUCCCACCAGCCUCCCACCAGGCCCCCACCAGCCCCCCACCAGCCCCCCACCAGCCCCCCACCAGCCUCCCACCAGCCCCCCACCAGCCCCCCACCAAGUGAGAGAGAUUACAACCCCCAGAGUGAGAGAGAUUACAACCCCCAGAGUGAGAGAGAUUACAACCCCCAGAGUGAGAGAGAUUACAACCCCCAGAGUGAGAGAGAUUACAACCCCCAGAGUGAGAGAGAUUACAACCCCCAGAGUGAGAGAGAUUACAACCCCCAGAGUGAGAGAGAUUACAAGCCCCAGAGUGAGAGAGAUUACAACCCCCAGAGUGAGAGAGAUUACAAGCCCCAGAGUGAGAGGAGAGAUGAGGGCCCCGUCACUGAGCCCUUUUUGUCAGGGGACACAGAGGAAGAAGAGAGGAGAGGAUAG